UUGAGCUAUAAAAGCUGCGCUCGGUUCAGUCAGAAAUCAGUUUAAUUCAAACAAUCAACUGAAAAGCUUAAGCAAUGAAUCCUGCUCUAAGUCUAAUCUUCCUCUUCGGCCUAGUGCUUGCCUUUGCGGCAUCUGCCCAGGCACUCACUGACUGCCCUCAUGGUUUCACUGCCUUGGGCGACAAGUGUAUUUUAGUCUCCCGGGAAAAGAAAUCCUGGUAUGACGCCAAUCGUAGAUGUCGCGCUCUGAAGGCCAAUUUGUUGGUAUUCGAUAGCCUUAUGGAUGCUGAUCAGAUGAAGACCUACUUGAAGCGCCAGGGCCUCGAGUUCGACCGUUAUGAGAACGCCCUGUGGACUGCAAUCAAUGAUAUUGGCAGGAAUGGCGAAUUCAUCGUGGAGCACACUGGCAACCCGAUGCCAUUUGACAACUGGGAGAUUGGACAGCCCGAUCGUGCCGGCAAUCAGGAUUGCGUGGCUACUUACGGCGCAAACGAGCUGCGCUAUCACGAUUUCCAAUGUGAUUUUAAGCUCAUGUACGUCUGCAUCGGCGUGUAAUUGAGUCCUUGAUGCUGCUCUAGAUGAAUUCACAGU